CCAAAGGAUUUGAAGUGCUUUGAUGAAUUUUAUGAUUUCGGUCAAUACUAUUUUUUAGCCAAACAUUUUCCCCAAUUGAUAGCCCGACUGUGUUCUUCUCGUCGGCGGCGAUGGAAGAAAGAUACAGUGGGAGAAAUAAUGAAAGCUGUCGCCGGUGCUUCGGGUGUCAAUGGCGAUGAAGGAAGAUCAAAGAGUGCAUGGGUUUUGGCAUCUGACAGCAGCAAAUCGGCUCGUCUUGAUCGGAAAAGCGAUGAUCCGGAGGGAAUAAGAAAUGGGGUUUGCCAAUGGCAUCAGAAGUUGAAGGCGGUGAAUGAAGCUCGACGGAUCUCAAAUCUCCUCCAGCCGCGUUGAAGGAAGCUCGAUGGUUCAACGUCUCGCCUCUGGCCGUGGUGAAUCGGCUAUAACCGCCGGCGGAUGAACCAGAUCUGCUCUUCCGACGAGAAAAGCGAAAGAAAGAAACCAUAUCUACUAUUUUUUGUAAUUUAUUAUAUAGAUGUGUAGUGAUAAUUGUCAGAAUAAAAUUGUUUUCCCAAA